AUAUCGGCUUGCAGACCAACCAUCGACGGAAGCACUUUUGGCGGAGCCUUGACACUAUCUAGCCGAACGUUGAUAUACUUUCGAGGCCGUGGCAAACCAUGGCAGAACUCGAUAUGGAUGUCGACUUGGCAGCGCCAAUGAAAUUUGACGAGCAUGUGGAUGAAGAUCUUAUUGACUACGACAUCGACACGACGGAAAACCAUAGCCACGAGCAAUGGUCAUCUCACCAAGAUGAGCACGCCUCAGGUGCGCCAGAACAGGUGCAUCCAGUCGAAGACAUAGAAGGCGCCGAUUCGAGAUACACCGAAGCUGAACAGGGUCCGGAAGCGAGCCACCCACAGGGUGACAUGGACUAUGAACACACUGAUGAUGCUGUUGAAGAAACGCACCAACAGUCAGAAAUGUACGCUGCGACGCAUCAAGAUAACAAUACUGUUUUGGAAGCAGAGCAAUCAAAAGACUUCAAUGAGGCCGGUGGAAACGAAAAUAUUGGUGAUAUUCCUGCUACCGAGGCAGAGCAAGCCGUAGAUGAGAUUGAUUAUGAGGACGAAGAUGCUACAGUUACACAAGUUUCUCCGAAGAAGCCGGACGAUACAGGCAGUGGUGUGCACGAGGGUAACUCAAAUGACGACAUGGCUGCUGCGGCAAAUGUCGCCAGUACCACCACAGCAGAGCUUGCUAGCCUACCCUUAGCAGAUGCACCCGUUGGUAGCUCCGAGGUGCCAGAGCUAGCGCCCAAAGAUGACGAAGAUGAGAUAACCUGGGAGCAUGACGAAGAAGACGACGCAGAAAAGCAUGACGAGCAGGAAUCUGCAGCCGACGCUGGAGAGACUGUCGCUAAAUUCGACCACACCGAGACUGAGCCAACCCAGAAUAGUGACUUGCAUGAUCAAGUGUACGAGCAGCAUGCUCACGCCACAGACUCCGAUUAUGAUGCAGACGCUGUGGUAGAAGUCUCGGAAGAAAAGACGUCUCCGGCAUAUCAUCAAGAUCAUUCAUUAUCGCAAGCAGAAGAGCAGGAUUCAGAAGCGCCGGAUUUUCCAGCAAUCACUGUGCAAUAUAAAGGAGACGAAUUUCCAUUCUUUUCACAAGAUAAAACCGAGGGUUUCUUUUCUGAUCCAUCAGUCUUGGAUCACUCGAUGGAAUCAGUGCUUGUUGGAUUACGCUCAGAGCUGGAGAAUGAGAUUGCUGCACAAGAUGAACUUGUCUUCCAAGUCGACGAACUCGGGCUUGAAUUUGCAGAGGCCACAGCGCACAACACACUCACCACUAUUACGCUACGACAAGUGUUAGAGGUCUUUGACUUGCUGGUGAAGAAUCAAGAUCCUGAUAGCUCGCGAACUCUGUACACGUAUCUCUUCACGAGAUCGAGCGCUAGUAAACGAUUUGAGUUUCUGGCAGAAAGUGCAGCUGCUGGCAGAGGGCUUGAUGAAGUGAUUCAUCUUUUUGAGAAUCCUGUUGGGCAUCACCAUGUCCUUGCUGAAGCUGAGAAUGAACAUGGUCAUUAUCAUGGCGAGGACAGCGACGCCAAUGAGGCUGCGGAGACUCAUGAGAGCGCUGAAGACGACGACGACGACGAAAAUGAAGAAAAUGAAGAAGCGGAUGCUGACACUGAAGAGUCUGAGGGUUCAGAAGAAGACGAGGAAGAAGAAGACGAGGACGAGGAGGAGACUUCAGCCGCUGAAGAGCAACCAAUCGAAUCUGCAGACCAAUAUGAGGAUGAAGAAGAAGAAGAAGAGGAUGAAGAAGAUGAAGAUGACGGCGAAGACUUCAUGGCAGAGACCGAAGAUUUCAUUAGAGAUGCUGAAGAGAACGCGAAUCAAGAAGGAGAGUAUAGCGAUGACGCAGAGGAGAGCUAUGAGCAGCUUCAAGCUGUGGUUGUAGAGCCCGUAAAUCAUUCCGGCCACGCGGAUGCAACUGCAGAGGCAGAUAACGCUCCAGAUGCAACAUAUUCAUACGAUGACGAAGAUGAAGACGCUGAUGCCAAUCCGUUUAUCCACCUUGAGAUGCAGGAGACUAUGGUAGAUGAUGGAGCUGAAAUUCAAUAUGAAGCCAUGGCACACGUGGAGGUGGGCAACGAAGACUCACAGCAGCUUGCUAUGCAUCCUGUAGACGAAUAUAUAGACACCAAUGAGGCGGACACUGGCACGACCAACACACUAGCCGACAACGGAGAAGGCAUGUCUACCCUAUUGGACAUGGGCGCUGACCAAGGGCUAGAAGAGAUUACCAAUGAAGAUCUAGCCUUUGAGGAUGAGAUGCCUGAGAUCGACUGGAGAGAUGACCUAGACGCCCCCGACGAUGCCAAAAACGAAAUGCCCGGUACACCUUCUGGCCUACCAAAACGGCGUCGUACCGAGGACGAGCAAGGCGUGGAAGAUGAACAAGAUGCCAAGCGCCGUCGACCAUGAUUUUAAUCCUUGCCCUGCCAAGACUAACAACGAGGACGAAGCCAACUUUCCCCCAAAUGCAUAUUGUUGCAGCCACAUCUGGAUCAACCUGAUAGGGCGAGAUGGCCCAUUACCUAUAACGGAGUACUAACCACAGUCAGUAGCGUGAUUUUCUUACGAAUAUCGAAAUCUCUGAUGACUCUCUAUACGCACCCUAGGACACGCCACUACACAUUUUACG